CCACUAAUUCGAUCAAACAGAAACAGAAUUUGCAUAUUUUUCAUUUACCCUUAAAGAAAAUUGAUAAAAAUGUUUUUCAUUUAACACAUAAUAGAGCGAAUAACAUAUAGCUAACAUGGAUCAGCUUCUGGACGAGGUAAAAACAAAUGUGCAGCAAAAAUUCAGCGAAAUACGCGCCGCAUUACAUAUGCGUGAAAAGUUGCUACUGCGACAACUGGAGGUAAUUGCAAAUACACAACGCGAACAAUCAGCGCCUGUUUACAUAGAAUACAACACAGACAAUGAUAAAGAAAAGUGCAAGGUGCGAUUCGUCACGGGCGACGAUGACGAAGAGGAGAAGCUACUGACGGCUAUUCGGAGUUUUGGACAGUUUCAACUUGAUAGCAAUAUGCAGCUGGCGCUUCAUAGACUGCAGGACAACAGAACAGCAGGUCUGCGAAACGAGGACUACAUUGAGCCCAUCGAUGACCACGAGACGAUGUACAAAUGCCUUGAAGAUCGGGUGGACAGCAGCAACUACUACAAUCUGAAUGAUGAGGUGCAGCCAGAGGCCAUUGUGGUGGACUUUUCGCGCAACAAGGCGCUGCUAGAGGACAAUGCCAAGCGCUCCAUUAUCAAUAUUACCUUGCAGGAAGCCAAAGAUCUGAUACGACGAGCCAAAAUCAAGCGCGAGACAUAUGUGCCACCGCUUAAUUUGGAAGAGCUGGACGACGAGCUGGAAUCGUCCAUAGCCGAUGCAGUGUCCAGCCUGGGACGCAGCUGCCCCGAGCAGACGUCUGCCAAACAGAAGCCCAAGACGCGCAAACCCCGCUUCAAACCAAAGAUAACAAUCAACAAUUGCAAUGGUACCAUCAACCUCCGCAACAUCGCCAGUCUCACCAUCAACUGUGCCAGCGAGGAUGCUGUCAGCGCUGACCUGCCCUUAACCGAUGGCGCUGCAGCUGCUGCAGCUCACACAAAGUUGCAUCAAACGCUGUCAGCAGACUCGAGCAGCACCGCCACCGAACUAUCCAGCUGCACGCCCACCAGCUCGAACUACUCGAGCAAUGCGAGCUCCCGUUCGCAGUCCAAGAAGCACAAAGGUGUUAAGAGGACGGAGAUCAAAGAGGAGUCACUUAAAACCAAGAGGGAACCGCAUUCUGAGAGCGUGGAAAGUACGCCCACGCAGCCUACCUCGACGGAUACGCAUGAAGUAACCUGUGACUUCUAUAAUCGCUUGUUAAACGAAAUCAAAAAGAGUCUAAAGCAGAAGCCAACGCGCACGUAUGAAGCUGCACAGGAAGAAGCCGCAGCAGCAGCAGCCGCCGCCGCCGCCGCCGCCGCAACAACAGUCACAAGCAGCGAUGCAGUGCAGCCAACUACAGUGGCAGCUGAUUCAAGUUGCGAGCAGCAGAGCCGAGGAGACGGGCCGGCCCAUGUCUCCAGCACGCAGGGCAGUGAAGCCAGCAAGACAACAUUAUCGUCGCAGCUGCAGCCGGGCAAGCGUUUGGUAUUGAAGAAUUUCGAGAACUUGAAAAUUAUUUUGGAGGCCAACAGCGGCGAUGAGGACACGUUUCAUCCAGUGCAAAUUGAACAGUGGUUGGCUGAAAUAAUAUCCGAAACUGACUUGGAGCCAAUGCAAAAUCGGGAUAUACUCGAGCACAGCAAAAUCCACAACAGCGAAAGCACCUAAGCACAAAGAGUUUCGAAAUGCAUCACAGUAUUUCAUAGAUUUACAUAUAGCAUAUAUAUAGUAUCUGUAGUUUCCUUAACUGGCAUUACUCUCUCACAUAUUACACGGCUUUUGUGGUCCAAAUCUAUGCAUUUAAGAUUCAAAUAUGUACCCCCGAAAGAAGGAAAUGUUUCUUGUACUUAAACUUAGCCUGAGUACAGUUAAAUACACUUUAUUUUGUGAUUUUUACAUCACAUUCCAAGACUUAAUAUUCGCACAAUAUAUUCUAAUACACGUUAAGUUUAGCACCUAAGAUUUAGGCCAAUUUCGUUGUCACCAUAUUGCAAACCAAAUAAUGAGAACAAAAACAAAUUGUAUAAUUAAUGAAAGUGAGUGCUAAACACGAUUUAAUUGCGCGCUUCACAUGUUUUCAGCCCAAAAAACAAAUCAAAUUUCACUCGUGUUAACCGGUUGAAGGACAGUACGGUGGACACUCGCUAAACAAAGCUCUGUUCUAUAGAUUCCCAAGAGCUCAGAAAGAUACAGAUAAAAUAGUAUUACACUUUUUUAAUAUCAAUUUAA